GCGAAUAAAAUCCGAUCGAAACUAGCAGUCUAGCAGGGGGAUAGGAGAGGCGCCCGGUGGUGGGAGUACCUGUCCGGUGGCUGUCCAACUAUCCCUAGCGGAAACCCUUCACCUUCGCAUUCAAGGACCACCGCGGUAACCUAUCGAUCAAUUUCCCUACCAAACUACUGAUUCGCGGACGACUGUCAAUCUGUUUGGCAAGGCUCAUCUUUAGUUUACGGGCCAGAGACAACUUUAAAAAGCGAGUACUAAAAAUUACUCCUAGAAGCUUUUUGUUUUUUCCAUUGAUGCUCUCCUGCGUUUGAUUUUAUCAUAUUGUAUACAUUGACUUAUCCUUUGUUUCCUCCCACUGUCAUCUUCCUGUUUUCUAGUUCUCUUGGUGCAGGACUGCUGAAUUUGAUCGAUUUUCUCCUGGCCGGAAAAUGGAGGACGCGUUUUCAUUAGGCCCAGGCAAAGGCACAAAAUUUUGUAACAUCAGGGAAGUGGUGGAUAUGAACAGGCUGUUGAUCAAGCUCCCAAACAACCUCAGUAGAGAUGUGGGUCUGAUUAAGGAGCUCAAGGAGAACAUCAGGAGAGUGGUGGACCUCUAUUCUGAUCUUUCGAAUUCUUGGAUUAAGCGAGGAGGGGGUUGUUUGGAUCCAAUGGAACUCGAACAGUGGACGGCGUUGUGGGAGUUGGGAAUGGACAACAUCACGAGAGUGGUGGACCUCUAUUCUUAUCUUUUGAAUCCUGCCAAGUCUAUGGAUGCUAAUUCCUCCGAAGGGGACUCAAGUGAUGUGAGAUCAGAUGGGAAAGCUGUACACAAGAGGAUUAGGGGUGGAGGGGGUUGUUGGGAUCCAAUGGAACUGGAACAGUGGACGACGUUGGCGGAGUUGGGAAUGGACCCGGAUAAUAAGGGCAUAAUUUCAGACUUGUUGAGAUUUGUGGGGAAGAAGAAUUUAUACAAAACGGCAGGGAAGCCUUGGAAGAGGGGUUACUUGUUGUACGACACGCCUGGUAGUACUGAUAGAUCGAGCUUAAUCGCUGCCAUGGCUAACCGUCUUGAAUUUGACAUCUAUCAUUUGGAUCUUACGGGUUUGUCCUCCAUCUCUGAACUGACGAAUGUGCUGGUCUCCAUCCGGAAACGCUCCUUAAUUGCUAUUAAAGAUUUAGAUCACUGGGCUGGGAAGCUUCCCGAUUUCAAGACUGAGUUGACGCUCUCAAGUUUGUUGAAAAUCAUUCACGGCUUGUUGUCAAGCUGUGGGGAUGAGCGGAUCAUCGUACUUACCACCAACCACAACCACAACCACAACCACAUAGACGGAAUUGACUUUACUGAUCUACCGCCCCGUAUAAAAUUCGAUAUAUACAUUCACAUAUCUUCACCUCAGCCUAUAGCCUUACCAGAUGGAGGAGAGAUUGUGCAGUUUCAUUCAUCAGAACAAAAACCAUCGGUGGAUUGUGAUGCUAUAAACAACAGGGCAUAUCAGAGCGAUGAUCUUGUGUCUAAUUCAGAGGAGAAAAAUAUGAGAGAGGCAUCAAGGAGACAGUGCAUGCCUGAGGGUGUACUUAGUUUAGUUGAUUCAACGACCAGAAUAUCAUCGACGGAUUUUGAUGCUCCAGACAACAAUGCACAUUGUGUGAGGGCAUAUCAGAGUGGCCCUAUUGUGUUUAAUUCGGAGAAGGUAGAUGCGGGAGAGGGAUUAAACAGAGAAAGCUUAACUAAGAGUGCACUUAGUUUAGAUGAUUCAACAAAACCAAUGUCGUUGCCAGAUUCUGAUGCUACAGAAAACAAAGUGGUGAAGGUCUACACCAGACGGGGAAGGGGUUGUUGGCAUUCACUGGAAGAACUCGAACAGCGGAUGACGUUGGAGGAGUUGGGAAUGGACCCGGAAAAUGAGGGCAUAAUUUCUGACUUGUUGAGAUUUGUGAGUGAUAAGGAGGAGUUUUACAAGAAGGCAGACAAGGAUUGGAAGAGGGGUUAUUUGUUGUACGACUCUCCUAGUACUGAUAGAUCGAGCUUAAUCGCUGCCAUGGCGAACCGUCUUGAAUUUGACAUCUUUGAUUUGGAUCUUACGGGUUUGACCUCUAUCUCUGAACUGACGAAUGUGCUGGUCUCCAUCAGGAAUCGCUCCUUAAUUGCGAUUAAAGAUUUUGAUCACUGGGUUGGGAUGCUUCCCAAUCUCGAGAAUGAGUUGACGCUCUCAAGUUUGUUGAAAAUCAUUCAUGGCUUGUUGUCGAGCUGUGGGGAUGAGCGGAUCAUCGUACUUACCACCAACCACAACCACGACCACAUAGGCAGUGUUGACGCGGCUCUACUGUGCUCUUUGAACAUUGAUUUAUACAUUCACUGGUCUUCACCUCAGCCUAAAGCCUUACCAGAUGGAGGAGAGAUUGUGCUGUUUGAUUCAUCAGCACAAAAACCAUCUGUCUAUUUUUAUCGUACAAACAACAGGGCAUAUCAAAGCGACGUUCUUGUGCCUAAUUCAGAGGAUAAAAAUACGCCAGAGGCAUCAAGGAGACAGUGCAUGCCUAAGCGUGUACUUAGUUUAGUUGAUUCAACGGCAAGAAUAUCAUUGGUGGAUUUCGAUGCUUCAGACAACAGGGCACGUCUUGUGAGGGUAUAUCAGAGUGGCCCUGUUGUGUUUAAUUCUGAGAAGAAAGACACGGGAGAGGGAUUAAGCAGAGAAUGCUUAACUAAGAGUGUACUAAGUUUAGAUGAUUCAAAGGAUGUUGCCGUUACAGAAAAAAAAUCACAUCUUGUCAGAGCAUAUCAGAGUGGCCCUGUUGUGUCUCUUUCAGAUGAUAUAAAUAGGGGAGAGCCGUUAAAGAGAGAAUGCAUCAAUAAGAGUAUAUUUGGUAUAGAGGAUCUUCAACAACAUUCUGGUGGUAGACGUGAUGAUGCAGCGAAGAUCUUUUGCGAACAACAAGCAUUUGAUGCUACAAACAACAGAGCACAUCUUGUCAAGGCAGAUGAGAGCGGCCCCACUGUGUCUAAUUCAGAGAAAGGAUGUACGAGAGAAGCAUUAAAGAGAGAUUGCUUAACUAAUGAACUUAGUUUAGAGGAUCUACAACAACAUUUUGGUGCUAGAAGUAAAGAUGCAGCAAAGGGUCUUUGUGAUUCCCCUGCAUGUAAGUCAUUCGAAGUACUAGACAGUCUUCCUCUUGGGGAAAGAUCUAACAUCAUUAGACAUUUAGCCCGACGGAGAACACUAACGCACAAGCAUUGUGUACGACUAAAGAAAUCACAGGAUCUGCUACGAAGUCUGCAAAGGGACUGCUCAGGAGGAUUGGCUCCUCAGUCUGAUAUUGGCUUACCAGAUAGAGGGCACAUCCUAUCUCUCUUGGAGAAGAAAAUUGUGAGAAAGACAUUAAAGAGAAAGUGCAGAACUAUGAGUGUACUUAGUUUAGAGGAUCAUCAACAGCAUGUUGGCAGGAGAUGGGAAGAUGCUGUGAAGUUCCUUGGCACGAAGCGCAUCUGUAGGCAGCUUGUGAUCCAUCGUGAAACCAAAGCAAAGCGCAUCCGUAGGCAACUUGGGACCCUUCGGUGGCUGUUUAAACAAUCUGCUAUUGGCUUACCAGAUGGAGGACACAUCCUAUAUCUUCCAGAGAAGAAAAUUGUGAGAAAGACAUUAAAGAGGAAGUGCAGAAGUACAAGUGUACUUAGUUUAGAGGAUCACAAACAACAUGUUGACAGGAGGUGGGAAGAUGCUGCGAAGAGCCAUGGCACGAAGCCCAUUCGUAGGCAGCUUGUGAUCCAUCGUUUAUCCACCGCAAAGCGCACCCAUAAGCAACAUGGGAUCCAUCAGUGGCCACUUCAACGAUCUGCUAUAGGCUUACCAGAUGAAGGACACAUCCUAUCUCUUUCGGAGAAGAAAAUUGUGAGAAAGACAUUAAAGAGGAAGUGCAGAAGUAUGAGUGUACUUAGUUUAGUGGAUCGCCAACAGCAUGUUGACAGGAGAUGGGAAGAUGCUGCAAAGAACAUUGGCGCGAAGCGCAUCUGUAGGCAGCUUGUGAUCCAUCGUGUGUCCAUAGCAAAGCGCAUCUGUAGGCAACAUGGGAUCCAUCAUCGGUGGCCAUUUGAGCGGGACCAGGGAACAAUGAAGGGAUAUACUUUGCGAGGCGAAAGACCCGUUGAAGUUAUCAGACUAUCUACGGAUGGGAAACUUGUUUCAAGGCUUCAAGUUAUCUAUAUAUCCUGGCUUGGUAGAUUUUCACCUCCGCCUUCAACCUUACCAGGAGGAGAGAUUUUGGGUCAUAUAGCGUUAUCAUCAAGUCAAUUUGCUACUACAAACAGCAUAGCACAGCGUGUCAGACAAGACCAAAGCGGCUCUGCUUCAUCUGAUUCUGAGAAUGAAAGAACAAGAGAACAAGAAAACCCCGAAGAGAUAUAUACUAGUAUUACUAAAGAUGAUCUUCUACAACGUAUGGGCAGGAUGAAACGUGGCGAUGCUGCGGCGAGCCUUGGCAUUAGCGUAUCCACAUUCAAACGCAUACGGAGUGAGUUCGGGAUCAAACGGUGGCCACGUGUUAGGGAAAAAAAAGUCAGGAGACCCCCUGAUCAACAUGGAGAAAGGAAUACAUCGACCGCAUGCAAGACGCCAUUGCAUAAUGUGAAUGCUAGAAUGGAGGGGGAACCGGUUGGCCAAAAUCAGGAGGCAAAUGAGUUUCGACGAGAUUUUAUGGAACACUCAAUUGCUUUGAAUACAGAAAAUGAUUCAAUGAUAGCUGUGUACAGUGAAACUGAAGCAGCAAGGGGUUCUUCUAAAUGGGCGUUUCAACUGGAAGGUCAAACAAUGCAGUCCACUAGGACCACUACCUAUCCAUAUCGCGAUGAUCUUGUGUUUUCACAAUCUCGGAUAGCAUCAGCAGAGGUGGUAAAUGAGAACAUGGGGAGUUUGCAAGAUGGGAGAGAUUUGUCAGCUUCACAAGUAGUAGCUCCACAGAAAGAGUCUCUUUUGGAAGGACAUGUCUUUGGGUUUGGUAACUGGACAGUCGGUUCAUGUUCUGAUCUUGCUUCGAACCAAACCAUGCGUACUUUUUCCCACGCAACGGGAAGUUCAGAAAAUCUGGAAAAUUGGCUAGCUUCCGUGGAGGAGCAUCUUAUGGAGGAAAAUGUCUAUGGAUCUUCAAGGUCAGAUCCUGCUCCGAGCCAACCCAUGCGUACUAUUCACCACAAAAUGGCUGCAAUUCCCCACAUGAUGCCUCUUCCCACAGAAAGGCAAGAUACGGGGUCUGUGAAGCUAAAGGCAACAUAUGGGGAUACUAAAAUAAAAUUUCAGUUCCCUCUCACAUCAGGAAUUAAUGAAUUGAAGGAAGUAAUGUCAAAGAUACUGGAGCGUGAGCUUGGUAGUUUCAAGAUUGAGUAUAAAGAUGAGGAUGGGGAAUGGAUUUUAAUGGCCCUUGACGAGCAUGUAAGGGAAUAUCUGCGACUUCUCACCUCAUUGGGAAAUGAAGUAACCGAACUGAAGAUUCAGGAUAAGGUUCCCAAUACCACGAAGUUUUGUGAUAACUGCGGAUGUUAUAAUCGUAGGUCAUUGAAGCGGAAAAGACGAUAAGUAUGUUUAGUUGUAGAAUAAUAUUACAUGGUUGACAACCAUGUUCUUUGUACAGGUUGCUGCUAGUUUCGAAACCUCAUUUCUAUGAUGAUCUCUGUGGUUUUUGAAUGAAGCUGGACUCUAAGCGAAGCUAUUUUUGGAGGAUGUUUAUAUAUGGCUGGAACUUUAUCAAUCUUCAA